GAACGUGUUAAGAACACAUACAGAACAAGAAAAAAAUAAAAACGUUUCCUUUUCCUUAAAAAUACAAAUAACAAUUUUUUGUAAAAGAAAAACGUAACGAAAAGAAAAUUUUAACGACGCACAAGAAACGAAACAAAAGAAAAAAUUUAAACGGAUAAUUUAAGAAAAAUAAACAGUGUAAAAAAGAAUUUGAAAAAAAGAAAAAUCUCAAAAGAGAGUUAAAAGAAAAAGUGUUUGAAAAUUUAACAACAGUCUUACGAAAACAGUUAAAGUGUAAAGAUCGUAUUAAACGAAAUUGAAAAAAAAAACUUAAACCAUAACACAAGGAUUACCUAAACAACAACAACACUUGGAUUAUCAAUUUAUUUAAAUUUUUAUAAAACACAACGAAUUUAAAUAUGCAUUUGCCUGCUGGUCCCACCAUGGUUGCUACUCCCGCCCAAGCCAUGCCUACCAACAACAAUAACACAAACUCCGCCAGCUCGACUGGUUCCUCUACACCCGAUACCACUUCCAAUGCCGCCAAAAUGCCCAGCUCCAUGACUGACAUGUUUGCCAGUCUCCACGAAAUGUUGCAAGAAUAUCACGGUGAAUUGGCCCAAACUGGUUCUCCUUCCAUCUUAUGCAGUGCUCUACCCAAUCACUGGCGUUCCAACAAAUCAUUGCCCGGUGCCUUCAAAGUUAUUGCUUUGGAUGAUGUGCCCGAUGGCACCUUGGUCACCAUCAAGUGUGGCAAUGAUGAAAACUACUGCGGAGAAUUGCGCAACAGCACCGCCAUCAUGAAGAAUCAAGUGGCCAAAUUCAAUGAUUUACGUUUUGUUGGUCGUUCGGGUCGUGGCAAAUCCUUCACCUUGACCAUUACCAUUGCUACAUAUCCAGUGCAGAUUGCCUCAUACACCAAAGCUAUUAAAGUGACCGUUGAUGGUCCUCGGGAGCCAAGAAGUAAGCAAAGCUACGGUUAUCCUCAUCCAGGAGCAUUCAAUCCAUUCAUGUUAAAUCCUGCUUGGUUAGAUGCUGCCUACAUGACCUACGGCUAUGCUGAUUACUUCCGCCACCAAGCUGCUGCUGCAGCUGUCCAUCAUCCCGCUUUGGCCAAGACUUCACCUUUGCCAAAUGGGCAAACUGUAGUGCCACCAUCUGCUGCAGGUUCUCCCAAUGACUAUCAUCAUCCCAGCCAAAUUACACCACCACCAGCCGGUGCUCCUGCUGUAAAUGCUGCUAGCAUGAUUCCUUCACCUCCAGGUUCCAACUACAGCAUGCCUCAGUUUCCUUUCAAUCCUGUGGCUGCUGCCGCCGCCGCUGCUGCUGCUCAAGCUCAUCCUGAUUUAUUGCAUCCUCAUCAAAAGGCUGCUCAUCCUCAUGCCUUCCAUCCAUACAACUUGGCUGGUUUAAGAGCUCGCCCUAAUCACUUGCACAACACCUCUUUGGGCUCACACUCCUCCACCGAACACAUCAGUCCAGCUCACAUUAGUCCAGCUUCAUCAAGACCUUCCUCCUCCUCACCUACUCAUACUGCUCUCAACAAUAAGUUCAACACCUCGGUAGAAACCAGUUCUCUACACGAACAAUCUGCUUCCGAUGCUGAUUCAGAUGAUGAGCAAAUCGAUGUGGUUAAAUCAGCCUUUGUACCCAUCUUGCGCCCACAAAUCCCCAGCCUUAAUGGCUCCAUUGAGGAUUUGGAUAAAUCCAUCGAUUCCACCCGUUCCUCACCCACACAACACAUCACUUUGCCACCCCGUGCCAGAUGUGAAUUGAAGGCUCCUUCCUCCCUGAAACCCUAUUUCCAUGAAACCUCCUCACAACAUUCUCGCCAAUCAUCACCCGAAACCACUUUACCAGCUGCUACCAAACUAAAGAGUGCCGCCAACACCCAAAAAACCGUGUGGCGCCCAUACUGAGAAGUUAAUUUGGCGCAAGAUGUCGUCAUUGCUUAUCUUCUCUUACGGCUUGCCAAGGAAUUGGCAUGGAAACGUAUUCUAAUGGCCAACGAAAGCAACAGCGCUAACGGACUCUAAACAAAACCGUUCAACAACUGAUGGAUUCAGUUUUCCCGAAAGCGCUGGCACAGCAAUCGAGGUAUAAUUGUGUAUGUGUGCAAACUAAGAAAAAAAUAUGUAUGUGCUUGUGUGUUUGUAUUGAAAAAAGCCGACGGCAAAACAACAAACAGCAGCAACAUAUAAUUUUUCAUUUGCACUGGAAACAAAUACUAACGCCUACAACAACAAGAGCUUUUCAACUCUUAAAAAAAUGUGAUACAACAAACGGAGUAGCAGCUCUCCCUACAAAUAAAUCCCCCCCCAAAAAAUGCUUGUGAUAUAGUGAUAAGUUUAAAACAAAUUUCCCGCCCGGCACUACCCGCAACAGACCCCAGGAUUAUUGCAAUGGUCUUUUUUCUACAAAUCGAAAAAAAUUCUCCCCCCACCCCAACUAAAGGAUUCCGGCGAAUUUUUAUGCUCGACUCAUAAAAUCGUACGCAGAGUUCGUUUUCAUUGUCGAUGCAAUAGUCCUACGAUUUCGUCGUUGUUUAUUAUUUAAGAAAAAAACUCAAAUUUUAUUUUAAUUGUAAGAUGCAAUUAACGAUUUUAUUCAUUUAAAAAUUGUUUAAUGUAUUUGCUCAA